AUGGAUUGGAAUUCUCUUUUGAAUGAACAAUAUGUUGUUAUCAUUCCUGAAGCUAUUUUCUCGCUGUGUGCUGGUUUUUCAUCAUCAGCAAUUAAUUCAUCGGAUGUAUUGCAACAAUUUGGUGAUUGUAAAAUUUAUUCCAAGAUGUCUCUUGAGGACGAUAACUGGGUUCUCAAAGAUGAACUACCCUACUAUGUGGAAGCUUUAUCAGAAAUCACUCUGGAUACUCGUACCAAGGUUAUGUCUCAUAAAGGCCACCGUAUACAUCUUCCUGGGACUAUCCAGCAACCAAUGCUCCUCGAGCUCAUGGAAUUCAUCAAAGGAUUUGUGGUCUCUUAG